CUAUUUUUUGCGUAGAGUUGUAGUGGACAUCGUUCUAAAAUGUUUAUGAUGACGUCGCCUAUCAGGCUGUUGUUCCUUAUUGGAUUGGCUAGUGUGCAAUCGAAUGUCUGCAACUAUCGUUUUUGGAAGAGUAUCUCGUGUGAGGGUAUCAUUUCACUGGACCAAUUAAAGAAGGGUAUCCAGCAGUCCAUUGAAGAGGAUAAGGUGGUAAUAGAGGAUUUCGAUGGUUUGGAGUUCGAAAAGAGCAAAAUUGGAUUUCUUGAGCCCAACACUCUUGAAGGUUACAACCAUUUAAAGGUUAUAAAGUUUCUUUUUAGCAGCGUAACAAAUAUACCUAACGGAAGUUUUAAAAACAUGAAGAAUUUGGAAGAAUUAGAAAUUGGAUAUAGCACAAUAGAUAACAUUGAAGAUAAAGCGUUUAAAGAAAUGUUCAGUGUGAAAAAGUUUCUGAUUUACGGAACAAAAGUACCACACUUUUCCAAGGAAUCGUUUGUCGACAUGCACGCGUUGGUUGAAGUUAACUUUCAUGGUAAUGAUUUAGAAGAAAUUGAAGAAGGUGCAUUUGAUAAUUCACCAAAUUUGGUCGAGCUGUACCUUUAUAAUAAUAACAUAACAAAUCUUCCCAAAAAUUUGCUCAAAAAAUUGGUUUUGCUUGAAACAGCUUAUCUCUCCGAGAACUCGUUAAGUGAGUUAGAUGAGGAUACCUUCAAAGGGUUAUCUAAGUUAAACGUGCUCCAUCUAGAGAACAAUAAGUUGGAAACCUUACCAGCGCAAAUUUUUAACGACCAAUAUUCUUUAACAGACCUGCAUUUGGAGAAUAAUGAAAUAAAAGAUAUACCAGAAGGUUUACUAGCUAACGCCAAGUCUCUGAAGGAAGUGUACCUUUCCAUGAACAAAAUUCAAAGCUUACCCAGAGACCUCUUUAAAAACACUCCUGAUAUAGAGGUCAUUGAUCUUUCGGAUAAUCAACUUGGAAAACUGGACGAUAUAUUCACGGGCCUCUCGAAGCUUAACAGAAUUAUACUGAGCAGAAAUCAGUUGACAUCUAUACCCGACGGUAUCUUUUCUGGGUUACGAAAUCUUUCCGACCUGAGUCUUCCUGGAAACGAAAUCGACAAAAUCACACCUGGGAUAUUUAAAGGUUUAAGCGGAUUGAAAAAUCUGGAAUUACAACUAAACAAUAUGACCACAAUUGAACCAUCGUCAUUUGAUGAUCUACCAUCACUUACCAGUUUGAGUCUUGAGAAGAAUAAACUCGCAUCGCUUCCUUCGGGAAUUUUUGACAAAAACGUAGAGCUAGAGUCACUAUACCUAAGUGAAAAUCACAUCGAAGGUCUGGAAAAGGGGAUCUUCACCAAUUUGUCCAAUUUGAAACGUUUAGACUUGGACAGUAACCGGAUAAAGAAUUUCGAAAGUGGCACUUUUAAAAACUUGAAGCAAGUUGAAUCACUGUAUAUUAGUAACAAUGUGCUGCACACUAUCUCCCCGAAGAUGUUUGAAGGACUAAGCUCGUUGACUUACUUUUCCAUUUCAAAUAAUCCUAUUAAGAGCAUUCACUGUGAUGCUUUUGAGGAUCUAUCGUCCUUAGAUUCUUUGACCAUAGAAGGCGUUGAUCUUGAAAGCUUCCCAUCGAACUGCUUUUCUAGUUUCAAAAACCUGUCCAGUUUCACAAUUAGGAACUCCAAGCUAAACGCACUGAAGAAAGGAAAUUUCGCUGGGAUGGACAGUUUGAAAACUCUCUAUUUGACAGAAAACCACAUCAAGGACGUUGAGGUGGGUGCCUUCGAGGGACUUUCAGAAUUGGAAACUCUAUCAUUAGACAAAAAUCAUCUCUCCGAAAUCAAGGCGGAUAUGUUCACCGGUCUAGCAAAGGUCGACUUUCUAGUUUUGAGCGAAAACAACAUUUCCUCAAUUACUUCCGAUAUCUUUGACCUCUUUCCACACUUACGGUACUUGUACUUGGAUUCAAAUAAUCUUCACAAGUUCAAAGGUGACGAAUUUACCAUUCUCACCAACUUAACCCAAUUAAGCCUGUCGCGCAACGUAAUCGAGAGCUUUCCAUCCGAUAUUUUCAAAACACUAACGUCACUUACGAGCCUCACUCUAGAUUUCAACAAGCUCAAGACACUGGAAAAAGGCUCUAUACCAGUCGGACCUCAAUUGGAAUUUUUGAGUGUGAUCGGCAACGAUAUUGACGACAUCAAAUCCGGCACCUUCGAGGAUUGUAAGUCCAUCCUGAGUUUGGAUUUAUCUAACAACACUUUAAAACACAUUAACGCUGACACGUUUCAAGGCCUUAUAAAUAUGUAUUAUCUUAGUCUUGAGCACAACGAGAUCUCCGACUUGAAUCCAGACGCUUUCAACAAUCUUCCGGAGCUAAAACAAGUACGUUUGGAAGGUAACAAGCUGGCCGAUUCUGUUGUGGAGGCGAUUAAGAAGAAGUAUCAGGAACCGGAGAUAACAGUUUUAAACGAUAUAUAAUCCUGUACUUACAAUAAAGGUUUUGCAAAUGAUACCUAAAA